CAACGUCUUAAGGUCAGUUUAGAGAGGGAUUUUCUAAGUUCCGUCAAUUACCUUCAAAUGUAUGGAGGUUGAUAAUCAAAAGAUCGAGCAGGACAACGAAGUUUCAUCAGAACUAUCUAAUACCGGUGAAUUUUUUUCACGACAAGACAUUAGUGAUAGAAAAGAUGAGGACGAAGAAGAAGAGGAGGAGGAAGAGGAAGACAAAAUUGUGGAGAAGUCACACAACAGCCGUUUCCAUAAAAGAAAUAAACGAUUCCCAAAACAAAUCGAAGGAGUUGACAAUGCGUUCGUCGCAAUAGAACCAAAAUCUGGCAAGGAAGUCAUAUGGAACGAAUGUAUUCUACCUGAGAAGAAAACUGAUAAAGAAAAUAGAUACCUUUCUUUGAUCAAAAAGCUGAAGAAAAACUCCCAUCCCUUUCUUGUGCGUUUUCUAGACGCUUGGGUGUCAAAGACAGAAGAAGGACCGCGCAAGCUGGUCUUCAUCACUGAGCGUCUCGAUGAGUGUACAUUAAAACAGUUUUUGUGCAAUUCUGCGAAAAAUAACCGCCUAUGGAACAGACACGUUGGUCAGCUCCUCUCUGUUCUGAUGUUUCUCCAUCGCCUUGGUGUUGCUCAUGGUAAUCUGACUAAGGAGUCAAUAUACUAUCAAAACUCGGGAAACCUGAGAGUCGGAUUGUUUGCUCUUGGUAAAUGUCUAGACCAAAAGUCUGAGGCUUUCGAUGUAUAUUCUCUUGGUGUUGUCUCUCUGGAGAUUGCUGUGUGGACACCCACUGAAUUUCCACCAAAUUUGGACUUAACUGAGAGAUGUCAACAAAUGAUUUCGCGAUUGGACAACAAUAAUCAAAAAAGCUUCAUUGAGGCGUGCUUCGAUACUGGGUCCACAACAAAAUGUCUCAUCAAGCGAUUGCUUAAUCAUCCUGCUGUUACAGAAGUGCCAAUUUUGAAGCUGUUAUCGGCCAGAAUGAUUGUUAACUCAAUGAUUUCCGUUUCUAAUGAGGAUGGCGGUACGAAUGAACCGACAGGGUUUGUCAGUCUAUUAAAGGACUAUCUCAAUCGUUACGAGGACGAAACUGUUAUUAUGGAAGUUCAUUUUCCACAUGACGAUGUGGUCAAGUCUAAGUCAUGGAAGGAUUUUCGAUCAAACUUUACUCUUACCUCCAAAUACCUUGAAGACGUCAAAAAUGGAUUCUAUCCGUUAUUCGGAUGCCACUGGGAUGCUUAUCAAGGAGAAGAGGAAGAUAGUACAUUUCCCAAUUAUUCAGGAGUCUCAGGGUUCCCUUCUAGUAACGGCCUUACAAGUAAUCUGUCAAAUGCAAGUGGUACUGUCAAAAACGAUCCAUCUGCUUCUGUUGGAAAUUCUUCUUGUACAUCAGCCACUCCAAGUGCUUGUGCUUCGUGUAAAAACUCUACUGCAUCAAAAAUUACAGAUUUAGCUAUUGGCUCGCAGUUGGCUCCAGAGGAUCUGGUUGUUAUGCAAUCUGAAGAUGCCGCAAAAGGUUGCUUUUCCUCCAAUGCAUAUGCAUCCCAAGUAAAUCCAACUAACCAUAUGUCACAAAUCGAUUCUAGUUGUUCAUCUAAGGUGAUUGAUAAUGACUUAAAAAAGAAUGAUUGUUCAUUUUCAGUUGGUGAGGUAAUCGGUGUAGCUUUUAUUCCAAAGACUGAUGAAGAUAUUCACCCUUUGUCUAAGGCAGCGCCUUCAGUGAAUGCACCCCGACCAUUGGAAUUGGGUCAGGCAGAUUUUAAAUUUCCUGACAAACCUUAUGCUUCAACUUUGGACUAUGUAGAUGAAAGUGAAUCCCAUGGUCAUGGUCAAACAAUAUCUGUACUUGAUGAACAUGAUGGUUGUUUAUCAUCACCAAAACAAAAUAAAUCUCUACUUAUAUCUCCGAAUUGUGAACAACGAUUCGAUUUUGUCAUUGACACUCAACAGAAAGAAGUAAUAAAUAAUAGUGAAGCUGUUGCUGUAAAUGAGAAAACAUCUGAAGGCUUCACAUUAUCCGAUAAACAGGACAAUCUUAGCCCGGGACCAGAAGAUGAUGACGGUGAGGUUGAUGAGGAAGAUGAUGAUGAUGAUGAUGAUAAAGAUGAAGACGAUGAUAACGAAGAUGAUGAUGACGAUGAUGAUGAAAAGCGUGUGGUAGAACCGGUUGAACGCUAUGAACCGCAAACAGUCCAUGUUAAUCCACCAGAACGUGCACCAAGCCAUCCAGCUUUAUUUACACACUGUCAGUAUUUGUAUGUGGGAGCCGGCCGUUGGCAAGUUUAUGUCCAAAUGUGGUUUGUUGAAGAUCGUUUAAAAAGGGAGGUAAGAUGUAUGUGACACCAUAUUUUACAAAACGUAUAGUGUAUAUACUUUCAUAAGUUUAUGUAUGUAUGAUUUCACACAGAAAAACUAGUAUUCAUAAUCAUUAUCAUUAGGUCGUUUAUUAUCCAAUUGAAUGAAACUCAUGACUCUCUUUAGCUUACCAAAAAUAGUAAGGGUAAUGAAAUGUGUCACUGAUGGCACAUGGUUCAUGUUGAACAAAUUUAACUAGCGUCAUUUUUUAAUGCAGUAGUUUUAGAUAAAUGUUAGUACUUGCCAAUUUUGUAAAACUCGUCCCGUUUCAAAAUCAUACAUAGACUCUCUGAGUUUCUCAUAUAUAUAAAUUCUUCUCCUCUGGUUUAAUUAAUUUCUUAGUACACACGGUUUUCUAAUGAAAAUUUGGGGCAUCUAUUUAAAAGCAGUUCAUUAGUUAGCAUCGAAACUAUUGUUCAGUGUGAAAAUAUUCUUAAUUUUUGAUUAAUAUCAACUGCGAAGCAAGAGACCAAUGUGCACAUUUGUUUUGCCUCAUUUUGGGAUUGUGCAAUAUUACGCGUGCUCGGUAUCGUACAGUGUUGGAACUACUUCCCUACGAAGCUGUACUGAAGAUGACAACUGAACUAGCAUCAAAUCCACAACAACGUAAAGUCGAGCUGUCAUUAUAAUAAAUUAUAUAUAUAUACAAAGAGAGUGACUUACAAAUGGUAAACGUCGUCUACUUCGUCCACCACAUAUGUUCAGGAAACGCUCAAUUUAUACUAUAAAAUUAAAUGGCUUUAUGCUGCAGUGUGCAUAUGACUUUAUAAAUAAUUUAUUAAAAUAAUCUUGGUGCUUCUUUUUGAAGUUGUGUUAAGUAUAUUUUAAAUGGGAUCUUUCAUACAUCCUGACCCCUUGAUAAAUUUAAACAAAG